AUGGCUGAUGUUUUCUUUUUCGCUGAAAUGGACUCUCCUAUGCGAUUGCACGGCUCGUCAGCCAGCAGUGCAUCAGUGGCGAGUCGUCUCUACGGUACUCGUUCACGACGUGACUCCCUUGGCUCUGAUCCAGAACUCAUAUCGUUCUCUGAUACCGAUAUGCAUGAUAUCACAAAUCAGGUGACGAUGAUCUCGAAAAAGUUGUCCGAGAUGGAAGAACAGCAAUUGCACAGCAACGACGAACGUGGUCGUCUACGGACGGAAAACGCAGUAUUAACUGAACGAGUUCACGUGCUUGAAGAGCAACUGCUAGUCGCUGAACAAAGGUUUCGGGAACAGUUACAAGAGGAGAAAAAUCGGACACGAGAGCUUUUACAGCGAAUCGAACGCGAAAAACAACUGGAGAAUGAAAGCCUAUCGUUAAAAUAUCAGAUGCUCGAGAGAGAUUUAAUUGCUGCUAGAAAAGAAGCAGAGAAGGCACGAGAGGAGACGGCAAGACAGCUCGAUGUCGUCGAAGACCUUCGUGGGCAGUUGGCCGAAAACAAACUUCUCAUUGAAGAUCUUGAGGAUGAGCGGAUCAAGUUGGAACGACAAUUCAAAAGAUUCAAAGAAGAAGCCCAGCAAGACAUCGACAGCAGCUCAGAGAUGGUUGAGGUGCUGACACAACAAACGGAGGAAUUACGGCGAAAUGGAGCCCCUCGGCAAGGCUCGAUCAUUGAUGGUCUUGAAGAAUCACUGGAGCAGGCUCGAGCGGACAUUCGCGAUUUGCAACGUGAACGUGACGACCUGCAAGCACAGCUUCUGGCAGCCAGUGUUGAACGAGGCCGUAGUUUGUUGGCCGACGAGCCGUCGUUGGCUGACGAACUCAUGAGCGGAGGCGGAGACUCCCAACAGAUUCUGGAAGCGCUCCGCGAACAGGAAGUCUGUAAUCAGAAACUGCGGGUGUAUAUUAAUGGUAUUCUAAUGCGUGUUAUUGAACGGCACCCGGAAAUUCUCGAAAUUAGUAAGCAAAUUGGCACCAACGGUUUUGCCAUUUCAUUAUUCGAGAACCGAAUUAAACAUUUGUUUGCUUCUUUCUCGCAGACAUUGCGUAGCGAUGGUUACAGUAGUCUUCUUACAACUUAUCAGAACCCAUUCUUUUUCAGGCGAACAGAAACAACAAGCGUCCAGUUGACGGUAUUGAUCCCCAAUCGGUUUCUAGUUCAAAAAGCGUUCCCCCUCUCGCUCCUCGCCUUCUUUCGAAAUUCUUUCCCAUCGAAUGUGAUUUUCUUGAUACGUUCACAAUAUUAA